UGGGCGGCAGCGGGCCCGAGCGCCCCGGGGCGCGGCCCGACGGCAUGAAGGACCUGGACGCCAUCAAGCUCUUCGUGGGCCAGAUCCCGCGCCACCUGCACGAACAGGACCUCAAGCCUCUCUUUGAGCAGUUCGGCCGCAUCUACGAGCUGACGGUGCUCAAGGACCCGCACACGGGCGUGCACAAAGGCUGUGCCUUCCUCACGUACUGCGCCAGGGACUCGGCCAUCAAAGCUCAGACGGCCUUGCACGAGCAGAAGACGCUGCCGGGGAUGGCGAGACCGAUCCAGGUGAAGCCAGCGGACAGUGAGAGUCGCGGAGGUAGGGACCGGAAGCUGUUCGUGGGCAUGCUCAACAAGCAGCAGUCCGAGGAAGACGUGCUCAGGCUCUUCCAGCCCUUCGGUGUCAUCGAUGAGUGCACAGUGCUGCGGGGACCCGACGGCAGCAGCAAAGGCUGUGCCUUCGUGAAGUUUUCUUCGCACACAGAGGCCCAGGCGGCCAUCCAUGCCUUGCACGGCAGCCAGACCAUGCCGGGAGCCUCGUCCAGCCUGGUGGUCAAGUUCGCUGACACGGAUAAAGAGCGGACCCUGCGGCGUAUGCAGCAGAUGGUCGGCCAGCUGGGCAUCCUGACGCCAUCCCUCACCCUCCCCUUCAGCCCCUACAGUGCCUACGCCCAGGCUCUCAUGCAGCAGCAGACAACUGUGUUGUCCACCUCCGGCAGCUACCUGAGCCCCGGCGUGGCCUUCCCUCCCUGCCACAUCCAGCAGAUCGGCGCCGUCAGCCUUAAUGGCCUGCCUGCCACACCCAUCGCCCCCACCUCUGGGCUACACUCGCCCCCACUGCUCGGCACUGCCGCUGUUCCUGGCCUGGUGGCGCCUAUCCCCAAUGGCUUCCCAGGCGUCCUGCCCUUCCCUGCCAGCCACCCCACCCUGGAGACCGUGUAUGCCAAUGGCCUUGUGCCCUACCCAGCUCAGAGCCCCACUGUGGCAGAGACCCUCCAUCCUGCCUUCUCUGGAGUCCAGCAGUACACAGCCAUGUACCCCACCGCGGCCAUCGCGCCCGUGGCGCCCAGCGUCCCGCAGCCUCCGCACCUCCUGCAGCAGCAGCGGGAAGGUCCCGAAGGCUGUAACCUGUUUAUCUACCACCUCCCCCAGGAGUUUGGAGACACGGAGCUGACCCAGAUGUUCCUCCCCUUCGGCAAUAUCAUCUCCUCCAAGGUGUUUAUGGAUCGGGCUACCAACCAGAGCAAGUGUUUCGGAUUCGUGAGCUUUGACCACCCGGCCAGCGCGCAGGCGGCCAUCCAGGCCAUGAACGGCUUUCAGAUUGGUAUGAAGAGGCUGAAGGUGCAGCUGAAGAGACCCAAAGACCCGGGACACCCAUACUGACCACGCCCACAGCCCCUCCGCGCUGUGGGUCUGGCCCCAGGUGAGCCGCCAGGCGGCCCUGUGCCCUGCCCAGCCCUGGUGUCUUCUAACCCUCCCAUCCCAAGCUCACUCUCCAGGUCCUGGGGGCGGGGGUGACUCGCCAAGAGGCCAGCUGGGGACAAGCCCCUCCCCAUCACCUGGUGGUUUGGGUGGCACAGAGAGAGGGUGGGCCCCGGGUGGGAAAUGGAGAGACCUAGGAGCGCCCACCAAGGGGGCGGAGAAAGUUCUGAAGGAUGAAUAGUUGGCUCCCGUGGGGUUUGUGGUCUGGGGUGUAGGGUGUGACGGGAUGGGCGGGGCUUCCGUUCCGUCCCGUGAAGCUGUUCCCGGAGCUGAGACGCCCUAAAACCAGAGAGAGGUCGCGCAGCUCACACCUCAGACCUGGGUCCCCGCAGCUGAAUGCCCAGUUAAGCUUUGCCCAGGACUGAAGCAGACUUCCGGUCCGCCCCCUCCGUCCCCACCAGCUCCCGUGGACCCCAAGAGUUCUGUCCGGUGGGUUCACGAAACCCAGAGUGUGUGCCACUCACGGCCUGGGAGAACAAACAUCAAAAAGCCAAAUACCCCAAACAAACGAGCAAACAAAAAACCCAAAGUCAAAUGUCCCCAUCAGCAUUCUCAGCACUUUCUUUGGGACUGACCUGACUUUAAAAGGUGGAACCAACUGCACAGUGGCCUCGUGGGAGGCAGCUGCUCAGCCACCCAGCAGCCGCCACCAGAGCACCCAGGAACACUUAGGAUUUUCCUCUUUUUCUUACCCCCCCCCCCCCCCCCGCCCAGGGUCUGUCUGGCGGGGGGUCAGCAGUCUAGUGCUUCAGUGUUUUGGUCUGUUAUCUAGGUCUUUUGGCUUUCUUUAUUUUGGUUUCGAUUAGGAAACCUGUUGUCAAUCAGGAAGAACUUCCCCCCUCCGCCCCCCCCUCCCGGGACAUCUGCCCACGUCUUCACUUUUAACCCAGCGUCCCUGGGCUUGGGAGGGAGAUUCCCUGUCAGGAGCGAGCGCGGCCCGGCCUGGUGACUGUCAGAACUGUUGUUUCUCCUGAACGCUGGGCUUUUGUUGCUCGGACAGAGGCGGAGUGGGGCCCCGCUGUCCUCCCCGCCUCCCCUCCUGCUCCCCAGUGCCCCUCAUCCUCCCCAGGACUUUUCUGUACAUUACAGCCAAGUUUGGACACCAGCCCUCCCCGCGCCCCCCUCCCCCCACCCGUCUGCCACGCACGGCCCCCCAAAAAUCCCGAAGCGAAGCCGCCAGGAGCCACUCGAGGUACCGAAGGCUCCGUGGCUUGUCGCGGGGCCGGGGGACAGGAGUCUGCGCCCGGGUCUGAGGGGUCCAUACACUGCCAAUCGACACCCGCCCCUCGGCCUGGGGACACCCCCCCCCGCCUGGGGCUCUCCAGGUCAGCCAGCCCCCCUCAGCCAGCCCCCUCCCCGCUGCGCUCCCCGUAGCCGCGCGUCGAAGUGCGCCAGUCAUAGACUAUAUAUUUUUGGAGUAUGAACCACAGGGGCCAAACUCCCCGUCCCGGGCGGUGGCUCUGCGCCGGCCAGUCAGCGGGGACCAAGGACAGACAGGCUGAGGCCGGCCGGACGCCGCCCCCGCCGGACGCCACCCCGGGACCCCACCAACACCAUAUACCUCCAGUUCUGGGGUCUCCACGGCUGCCGCCCCCGCCCCCCUCCCGGUCUCAUAGCCUUACGUGGGUGACCAGGUGUCUUUAGCUUCCGGCCGGGGAAGCCUCCUGCCCCCCAGCCCCCCGCCCCGCCCCGCCCCCCUCUGAUCACCAGCCGUGAACUGAAGGUCUCGAACCUGAGGUCGCCCUGAGUCGGACCCGGUCGCUUGACACCGCGCACUCCGCACUCUUAACUUCCUCUCUCUCUCUCUCUCUCUCUCUCUCUCUCUCUCUCUCUCUCUCUCUCUCGUAUUUAUUUCCUUACUCACUCGGUGGUCUCUCUCUGAGCGAGCGCGAACGAGACCACGGAGCAGGGCGUGGAGGGGUGCAGGGGGGGGGGUCGGGAGGUCCUGGUGGGGGGCCGCCCUGCGCGCCGUCCGCCCCGCACCCACCGCAAAGCACACAGGCGUUAGUUCGGACGUCACGCGGGGGCGGGGGAGGGGCGGCCCGGGUCCCCCCGUCCCUUCCGACGUGUCCAAAAGCAGAACAAAAAGACAAAAAAAAAAAAAAAAAAAAAAAAAAAAAAAGGCAAAAAAAAUUUUUUUUCUUUUUUUUUUUUUUUUUGUUUCUACCAAAAUGUUUGUCGACUGACCCGAGUCAAAGGAGAAAAACAAAAAACAAAACACCCCCUCCCCCCCCCCGCCCCUCGUCCCGCGUUCCCGGCUCGGCGACCCCGCGCCCGACCUUCCCCGGUGAGGCUGUGUUCCGUCCGCGUGCGCGAGCGCGCGUGCCCGGGCGCGGGCCCCGCCGCGUGCGCGCCGCCGUGCGCGCCGUCUAGUUCAUGUUUACGAGCUGUAAAUACCAUUUUUAUACUCCACGCGAGAGACCCUAUGUGAUUUGUACGACCGGCUUUAUUUCUGCUACGGCCCAUUUCGGGACGCCCCGGGCGGAGGCGGGGGGGGGGCCGGGG